GUGUGUGUUUUGUUUGUUUGUUUUUAAAGCAUAUGCGUUGCUAUUCGAGCAAUACAAUUAUACUUUAUAUUUGUGGUACAAUAAGCGAAGACAAACUCAAAUUCGUUGCCAGGAACUAAUUUCCUAUACCCGUGUUCCUCUUCGGUCUCUUCACAUUGAAGAACUGUUUUGUUUUCGCUUUAUUACUUCCGUACUAAAGAUGUUUCCAUUUUUUGACUCUCGAACUUUAAAUGUUGCCCUUUGAUUCCUGAAUUUUUAACACAAUGGGUGAGAAGGAGCUCGCUGCGUUCAGGGAGCGCUGGAAACGGGAAUUGUGGUGUCAAAAAGUGGAGCGGCGGCUCGGUCACUCUUCGUCCUCCAGUUCCAGGAGCGAAAAUAGUGACGCGAGUCCAGGUAAAAGUGAGGGAAAAUCCGAGAACGCUAGUGGCGUGGAAGAGCCUGGCUACGUUUCCAUCGCCAGGGGCUUGUUGGGCGGCAGAACUAGCCCCCUUUUGGAACGACUAGAGGAAGAGAGGAUCAAAAGGAAGAAGAAAUAUCGAGACGAUACCGAUUGCUACAGGGAGUCCCUGAGGUACCCUCAGAAAAAAGUCGAGAAAGAUGAGCAGCUGGUAGAUCAACUCAUUGUAGACCUGAAUGAGGCCAAUGACAUCCCUUUUUUUGACAUGGAGUUGCCGUAUGAAUUGGCCCUGAAAAUAUUCCAAUACCUCAACCACACAGAUCUUGGCCGAUGUGCACAGGUGAGCAGAGUGUGGCGAGCUCUGGCCGAGGACGACGUGUUGUGGUUUAGGCUGUUUGCAGCGGAUGGGCUCCGGCGCGACGCCAUUGUGUCAGACUCGCCCUGCUGGAAGGCCACCCUGCGAGACUGCCGUAUAGCGGCAGCUAACGUGCGAGCCAACUGGAAGAAUCGCAUCGGCUGCAUCAGCCAGCUUCAGUUCGAGCUAGGAAAAGUGUUGUGCGACGUCAGCUCCUGUGACAACUACGUCCUUGCAGGGUACUCUUCGGGUGACACAAGGCUGUGGAACACGUCGCAUUGGGACCUGCCGUCAUCUUAUCUCAAAUCCAACCGACUGUCAGCGCUCAGCGAACCCAGGCCGCAUGUCACACACGUGCAGGUUGCUGGCGACGUGGCGGCCGCUGCCUACCGAGAUGGUUGUGUGGAUUUGUGGAGCACACAGAUGGGUGGUGAGCCCAUUUACCACCACCAAACAGCAGGAGUCCACGAGGCCUUGGUCCUCAGCCUGGAUGGCUCGGUCCUGGCUUCCGCCACAGAUUGUGAUGUCAGACUAGACGGUGCUGAUGACUGCGGCACAUGGAAGAUGCUUUCCCUGAUCCGCCUUCCUAAGCCCGUUUACAAUUUGGUGUUGGUGCCCGGCAGCAGGGGUCAGCGACGUGCGCUCACCGCAGCGGCGGCUGGGGAGUCCGUGUACCUGCUUGACGAAGAGGAAGAGCCGAGGACGCUUCACUCGGUGUACGGUCACCCCGUCACUUGCUUGGAUGCCUCUGAGCAGCUCGUCGCGCUGGGAGUCAAGCACAGCAGCUGGACUAUGCAUGAUGGAGGCAACAAGAUCCACGUGUACAACAUAGAGACGGGCAAGGCACUGGCGUGUGUCGGAGAUGCACCAGGCGACUUCACUUGUGUGCAAUUUGAUGAUGUCAGCGCACCGCACAUGAUGCUUUGUGGGAACAAAGACAGGAGGGUGCGUGUGUUUGAUCUGCGAUUGGGUUCGUGCGUGUCGUCUUUGUACGCACACCAGUUGGGUGUGACGUCGGUGCGUGGGGAUGACUGGAAGGUGGUGAGCGGUGGCGGUGAGGGCCUGGUGUGCGUGUGGGAGAUGAGGAUGGGAAGCAAGCUGUGGGAGAUGCACAACAGACAUCCCGUGAAAUACAUUAGUUUCGACAGCCACACGCUGCUGACUGCAAACAUCCCCGACGACAAGACGCCCCGGGGGGCGUGCAUCACUGACGACGACCUUACAGCUCAUCGUAGGCACCGGGGAGUCAUCUGCCACUACGACUUCUCAGAGGACACGGAAGCCCGUGAAAGCGUCCUUCCAAUUUGCAGGUCUGACUACGAUCAAUCUCACGGCUACAACUACAACAUCGCACUCGCCAUGCCCUACGACUACCUCAGGUGACCGACAAAAGUUGGGACUUCCAUCGGACAACUUCUUUGCAUGAGUUUAUUUUCGCUGGCCACAACUUUAGAGACACUCGCGACUCAACGGAAGAGUUACGGUCAGGUGUUUGUUCAAAAAAGGGUGUUUAUGAUGGAUUGCAAUUUGGAAAGUUUAUUAUUGUUGAAAUCCGUCCCCCAAGGCGCACGGGGACAGCGACGGCCGAACAAAGUGCCGCUCUGCCGAUGCUGCCCCCGCGCGCGCCGACCGGGAAGGCCGAACCUCCGCGUUUUCUUAUUUUUAACCCUUUGUACUGACUCCAUGUUUCAAAAGCUUGAAGAACACUCACCGAAAACAGGUUGACAAUUUAUUUGUUGACAAUGGUAAAAACAAGGCAAAAACAGACAACGGAGGAACAAUUCUGGAUCCAAAACAAGGCUACAUAUUUCCGAGCAGCAAAAAUCUGUGUUAUCUCAGUGUCCAGUCUUUUUAAAGUCUUUGCUGAAGCGGGCCGUGUCGAAGGCGUGUCCGAAGGUGUGUCUGGGCGUUGCUUUUGGGUCUUCCCCUCGGUGGCCGGUUUUGGGCGGCUUAGGUUCGUGCGCGGAGUGGGACGCCCGCUAUCAACUUUGCUGUCCGGGCUGGCUGUACUUGUUUUAGGACAAAGCGCUUUGUCCUUGGAGUUUGCUGGAAUAGCUGAUUGCAAGAGUUGGUGCGUCAAUCUUGUGAUAAGACGGCAUUGUGUAUCUCUUCUAUUUCUUCUCAUUAAACUAUGGUGUGCUAUUUAUUUUAUAUUAGUAGUGUAGUCCUACCGUAAAUAUGAAAAUGAUACUAUUUCCUGAUUAAUUAUAUUACGUGUGUUAAUGCAAACAGUUAGACGGUGCCUACGAGAACCUGUACCAUAUGUAUGUGUUAGACUAUAUACUGUAUGUGUUAGACUAAUGCAAACAAUGAUAUGGUGUGUGCGAUGACGAUAUAUUUUCCCCUUCAAUCCCCCUCACGAGCCCCGACAGGGGUUCGUAAAAACAUGGAUGUGGCCUUAGAACUUAGCUUUAUCAAGUGGUGGAAGAAAUGUAGCAAUUGAUGAACAGUUUAAACAGGGAUGUGCGAAAUUUGCAAGUCCCCCUCAGGACUCCUGUUAAGUACUCUCUAAAACAGUAUGAUACCGCCUCAAAGGGUUAAUCCUUGGUUGUCUUUGGUCCCGUGGCUAUAGGCAUCAGCUCACAGUGCCCUCAUUGUACAGGUGCAUUGAGACAGAUUUUUUCAUGAUCAAUUAGACGGGCUACCAAUUAAGUUUGUCCUGUCGCUAGGAAAAAUGAGAUAUACAUUCAGUUAAAUUUGGCCCCAUAAAAAAUAAAGUUAAUCUUUAGUUAGGAAAAAUGAGAGACACACUAAGCUAAAUUUGGUCCAUUGAAUAAAAACCUUUAAAUUAGGAAAAGUGAGAACCGUACUGAGUUAAAUUUGGUCCAAUAAAUUAAAAUUUAAGUAGCCCCCUUUUCAACUUUCGUAACGUUAGGGUCAACCCCCACCUGUAGUAAGAGGGAACUGUGCGCAGCCCUGAACAAAAAGUAUUGCAACAGUGUGUCAAACACCUCAGAACAGUUUUUAAAGGAGGAAAAAGAACAUCACUGACAAACUACUACAUCUACAAAUAGCACAGCAAAAAACAUUCCCCCACUGACUAGAGAAUGGUGAAAAAGCGGUACCGUACCAAAGCGGAAUGUUGCAAUACAGAAAAACUUUGACACAAUGAACUCGAAACUCGAAAUAAACGUCUUCACCCCUUACCAGUUGUUGAAAAUGAUGGACACAGACACCUGUAGGAAAACUUUAUUCCACCCCAAUUAAAGAAAAACUUUAUUCCGCCCCAUUUACCAAAAAAUGAAUAAAUAUCCUAAUUAAAAAAAAUAUAUAUAAAAGUGAUAAAAGUUAUAUUCUCCACCCCAAAUGACAAACAAUGGCUAAAGGCUAAAGAAUAAAAAACUGGGACUUAAAAAUGGCACAAAUCUACCGAGUACUAUGAUUUAGAACCGAAAAAAUAGUAGUCUUUGAACAAAAAUCCCAAGAACAAAAAUGAAUUUAUUGUGAUUGUGGAAAUAUAAAACAACCCAGUGAACUUAUAUGACUCGUGUCGAGGAAUUACAAAACCCAAAUGUGACUGCAAAAGAUCGAAAAAAGGUGACGGAAAAAAUAAAACCCUACUACAUAAACAAUGUGUAUUCCCACCACUUACCAACAACGUCAGGGGCACCUUUCCACACCACAUUUCUACCAGCAACAUCCGCAUGUGAAAUCAAUAAAAGGGAAAAAGGAAAGAAAAUCCAAACCUUUAGGAAAGAAAAUCCAAACCUUUUAGUGAAAAAAAUAAUAUAAAAAGAACAAAUAAACAAAAGCGCUAUAGCGACAGGGACCAUGACGCUAAACCUAUUUAUUUCCAUAAUCAAUUGUCGCUUCCUAGGAAAUGGGUCAAAUGGGAAUGGGAAAGGGUCCCUAUUUUCUCCCAGUCUGGAUCAGUCACGGUUGUCCCCUCUGAGUGGAUCCCAGUGUAGCUGUAAUCUGUUCAACUCAAAAGAAUACAGAGCUGCCAACAUACUUUAAACAAAUCACCAAUUAAAGCAUAGAACGACUUAGCCUUUGUGUAGAACACAAACAAUGAGUUUAAAGUGUCUAAAAUAUAAUGUGGUACCUACAGGAAAGUUAAUCAUUAGAAAGUGAAAAUAAAAUAAUAAAAGUAAAGAAUCUUAAUCAAAUACAUCUGGGACUAUGUGGUGUACUUAAAAUAUGUCACGUAAUCACGUUUUAGUUUUGCCUAAUGCCCGUGAGACAUCUAAGGUAGGGUAAUAUCUCUAACAUUUAAAUACUCUCUCAAUCUCAAAAGGACCUGAAAACAUUCACCUCGACGAAACACAGCAUCGUCAGCUGGGGUGAGUAUGAAACCGUGGGGAUAGUCGUGACGGCUGUCCCUUGGCGAUGAACCAUUAUUUUGAGAGCACCUGUUCUCACAACCACCAGCUCACGGCUCGUGCAGUACAUUGUCGCAUGUCACAGCCCUGAGGGAAUAAGUGGGGUCUGGAAUCAAACCUUUGAUCCUCCAACCAUUGGUGAUCCCUUCUCCCACCCGCGCAACCGGUGGUCCAUGUGCCGGUGCGAUGGCUCCGCAUGUCACACCCAGCUCCAGCUCAGCUAGCGUUCAGAGUGAAUGUCUUCCCAUCCUGUCAACAUACACAUCUGGUGUUUCAGGGGAUCGAUAAAUAGAAAUAAGGAUAAACUUAAGAAUAGCCGAUUUGUCAUACUUAUCAUAACUGGGCCUAUUUGGAACCUUACCACCUGAAACAAUGAACAACAGCACCCGUCUCAAAACUCCAACAUGUGAUGUGGCAGACCAUUAUCCUUAAACCUUGAAAUCUUUUGGGAAACAAUGUGGUCAGGGAAAACUUUAGAUCGUGGUAAUGGCCUCUGCGUGCUCCUAAAAUGUGUCGUGUUAUUAAAGCAAUGUGUCAAACUCCAUAUGUCUAAAUUAGUGAUGCACGAUAAUGCAUUUUUCAGCCGAUACCGAUAACCGAUAAUUUCCUCCUCAUUCCAACCGAUAACCGAUAAUGUCAAGCCGAUAAUUCUAUUAAAAGAUUUAUGUAAAAUUUUAAAGUAUACACAAAAGAAAAUAUUACUGUGCAAAAAUAUAAUUUAUUGCUCUUUUUUUCAACAUACAGUAUGAACAAGUCGUCAAUUCAAACAUCUAAAUAAUGACAGAUUGUCUGACAUUGUGUAAUGGUAAACCUUUGGCAACAAUUACUUACAGAGUAAAUACCUAAGUUGCACAAAAAUGCGUUUAAAAGUAAGCCAUUCCUAACAUAUAUAACAUUAAUCCGCUGCAAAACACACCUCCUUAAAACUAGUCAGUUUAAGUGUAAAUCUAUUGGCAAUAAGUGAAAUUAUCUGCGAUUGCUUCAAGUGUAUUUCUCUCAGAUUUCUUGGAAGAAAAAUAGCUAGCUGAAAAUAAUCUUAACAGCCUUGUUUUAAGCAAUACAUUAUUAUACUUAAUCCUAAAAAAAAAAAACUUGAAGGAAAGAUUUUUGAUAAUAUUUGUGGCUACAGAAUAUUGAUUUAAGAAUUUGAUUAUCUACUGUGACUGUAAUUGAGCAGAGAAAUAAGUUAAAUAAUUUGAAAAGUGAUUGCUAAUGUUAUAUGCUUUGUUGCACACUGUGAAAAUGAUUACCUCAAAAGAGCGAGAUGUCAUGUACCCAUUCUGCAGCGCUUUGUUUACAUUUGCGGCUUUCAUGACAUUUGCGUUACAGCAGCUAAACUGCUACACGACAGUACUAUUUGGACGGAGUUGGAGCUCGCAUCCGCGUGCAUGUUGUUUUGUGCCUGAGUUUUAUUAAGCCGAAAAUAAAGGCAGCGUUACAAAGUCAUCUGACCGCUCGUCAUUUCACAUUCUGAAUGCAUUAUUGACUGGCUGACUUCGUUUUCUCCAUGUUUAAAUUAUCUUAUAACCACUGUGCCGUCAUGUUAAGCUUGCUUACCGGACAUCACUUUUUCAUGAAGAAUGGUGGUCGUAUAAACUGCAUUAUUUCUUUUAUCCAGGGCUUUGGUUCUCGGGUCAUUAAGGUAAAAAAAAAAAAAAACGUGUCUCGUCUCGGCGGCGGCGGCAGCUACAUUCGUACAGGAUAAUCCGCCCGCCCCGGCCGGUUCGCCGCGGCGUAUUCGGGUCCUGGCUCUGCUUGCACGCCGUGGGGGAACGCUCGAGAAACCGGGGUGUUCGCCGGAGGUCCAGAGGCCGAGGAACCGGGCUCGGCCCGCCCCGCCUAUGGCGAGGCGGCGGCGGCCUGCCGGACUGGCCAGAGCGGCGGGCUCCGUCGGAAGACGGCUACUUGCCGACUAUCGGUCUCCAGUAGUGCCGGUGUUUAGCCUUAGAUGCGAAUUUACCACCCGCCUUGGGCUGCAUUCCCAAACAGCCCGACUCUGUAUCGUCACAAGCCCUGUAGUUUAACUUAGUGUUUACAAUAGCUUUAGCAUUCCUGCUAGCAGCAGCCUCGUAUUUGUUCCAAAAUUCUUUGUGAUGCAUUUUUAAAUGGCUGCUGGGUUAGUGGUUUUGAAUGAGGACGCGUUCUUUCUGCCUCGUGGAACUUCUACGGUACAUGUUUCGCAGAUGGCGAGAGCGUCAUUUUUUUUAGUAACAGCCGCCAUAAUAUUCAACUACUUCUUGUCUUGUAACUCCGCCUCCUCAACCCCUCCUCCCUCAGGGGCUUCAGAGAGGGGAGGGGUUGAGGAGGCGGCGUGCUGAAUUCUUUGGUUGCGCACAUUUGGAGGCAAAAUCAAAUAUAUAAUUAUCGGAUUGCAUUAUCGGUUGAAUUUUUUAAUUAUCUGGAUUAUCUGUGUGACGUCAUAAUUGCCAUUAUCGGCCGAUAGUUAUCGGUGACCGAUAUUAUCGUGUAUCUUUAGUCUAAAUGAGAUUAUGAAAAGUAUUCUGUUUGUCAUAAUUUACUGUUUGUUGGGCCUAAGAACUGCAUGUUUAAAGUUGAACAGACUGUACAAGUCAAUAAAAAUUUACAGUUGUCCGCAUCCAUAUUAACUUUUAGUAAUCAUGUUGGUGUUGCCUUGACCCACUUAACCCCCUCUAGCCAUGCCCACAAUUGCAAUUGUAAGCAUGGCUAUAUCACUCAAAGCUACUACUCAAAGUGCAUUAUGAAUACCCAGUCCAUGUUAUCAUUCCCAAUUUACAUCAACUUGUGUGAUACCCCAAUUAUCUAGACAAAAUCAAAAACUAUCCCCUAUGGUGGUCUAAAUACCAUUAUUUGAGAUUCUAACUCUUCUUUUUUUUUUAUUUAUUUUUUUUUUAAAUAAGCUUAAUAAA